CUCCUAGAUCACUGUGUGUAUAGACUGGAUCCAGUUUGUGCUUUUUUCAAUAGAUAUUUUUGACUGUCUGUGCUUUCAAGUGAGUACUUGACAGUGAUUUAUACGUACAGUAGAUUUAUGUUUCGGAUUUAAAAACUGGAAUCUGUCAAAACGUUUAAAAGUCAAUAAGAUAGCAAUUUCAUCUCAUAAUUUAGUCAUUUUUAAGAACUGUGUGAAAAUGACCUUUUUAUUAAACACCCAUUGACUUUAUCGGCUUCCUUUUACCCUUGUUUGCAUUUGUGGAAUGUUUAACCAGAGUUGCACAAUUGGAGAUAAAAUCUGAUCGUCGUUCCGGCUACACAGCCUUGUAAGAGACUGUGUGGUGAGCCAGACUGAGCUUCUUUACGAGGAAAACUUGUUGGACAAGUUGAAUGAGACAAAAAAUAAAAGCGUGACUGGAGUAGACCAGUUCAAACAGCUCUGAGCUCGGGGAGGGUUUCUUUACGAUCAAAAGAAUAUAACGAUGGCCACUUUCUGUUAAAGCUUGUCCUGUCUCACAGAACCCCAAUGGAAUUUGCCUGUGGAUAUGUUUAUGUACCACCAUCAUUGAGUCAGAAGGACGCCAAGCGGUACAACGCCAAUAAACGCUCACCUCUCCUUCCUCCUAUUACCUGGGUCCGUCCAAGUACCGCUCCUCCUGCUCCUCCGACAGAUUCUGCAAGAGCCAAAGCACAACAGGCCACUAUCUAUGAAAAGGCAAUCGGUGAAGACUUGAUGAAGGGCAAACAAAUUAAGAUUGUGAAGCGCACUGCCCAAAAUGAAAAGAGUGCAUCUCACAAACUGGAGAUAUCUUCUCCAAAAAUCUGUGUUUCGGGUCUGACACCACCUCCAAAGACAGCUCUUCUUCCACCACAUAGGAAACCCACAGCAAGCACUGACUACCACACACAGCCACUCGUCUCCCGCAACGUCGAUAGUCAAGCGUUCACAUAUGACUAUGUCAUACCAGAACCAGAUUUUAAAAAGCAGCCCACUGACCCGGAAAACUUCUAUGCAAUACCAAAAGGCUCGUUCUGUGAGGUGAAGCAGCCUGCUGACCCUGGAGCUGUGUCAACCUCAACCCCCCCUCUCCCACCAAGACCUCAAUUUAUGGAUUACAUACCAGAAUACAUUAUGGUAUUGCCUUCAUCUAGCCCCUCUCCCUUCACCCCUCGGUCAUCGCCUACACCCACGUCUACCACCACGCCACCAGCCGCUAAAGCAGCAGUAGAUAAUGAACCAUUGAUGGGAAAUCCCAAUGUGGUUCUGGUCAGUUUAGGAAAACUGCUCUCACAGGACAAAGAGCAACCCAUAAAAGAAACCCCCACUUUUUGUUCACAGUGUGGCUCUGUGUUAGAAAGCUGCUAUAAAAAUAAGGUUAAAGAUUGCCGCUACUGCCGGUUGUGGGAUUUGAACAAGAAUUCUGCUCAAAUUGUUUACCAAGACAAAUUAUUCCUGCUCAACCCAGAUGAACCUCUUCUGUCUGCUGCCGACACGCUGCUGAUCUUCUGCAUAGAUGCAUCUGGGUCCAUGAGCAUCACGUUUAAUGUGACUGAGGGAGAGAAAGUUGUCCACAAAUCCAGACUGCAGGUAAAUUCUCAAUCUUCACUUGUCAUGCUGGAAUCAGUUUAUGUGACACAACUACAUAUGGUCCUUGUGUACAGUCAUGGAAAAGUGGUAACUGUUUUAAAUCAUCCCUCAUUUGUUAAGAACUACAAAAUGUUCCAUAUUCUCUUUAAAGAUCUUCUGAAGUUGCAAAAAUCCCGUGUUGUAAGUGGAACUGAGCUGAAUAACAAAUACUACUUGAAAAAAGUUGCAGCAGAUUUUCCCAGUCCACCUCCACUUUCACAGACCAAAGAAUGCUUACAAAAGCAAGUUAUGGGGUUAUCUGCAAAUGGAGAAACUGCUCUUGGACCAGCUUCUCUGCUCGCAGUUGCAACGGCCUCCAAGCACCCGGGCUCAAAGGUGAUUAUCUGUACAGAUGGGAAAGCCAACGCUAAACUGGGAAAUUUAGAAGAGGAAGAUAACGAUGCUCGCACUCUCCUCUCUUCUACAAUCUUUUACCAGAACCUUGGGGAGUAUGCAGCAAAUCAAGGCGUGACAGUCUCUGUGCUGUCCAUAGAAGGAACUGACUGCAGGCUGGAUGAGCUGGGAAGGCUCGCUGAUCGCACUGGAGGCAAAGUGGUGAUAGCCAGCCCCAACCAGCUGCACUCAGAGUUUGAAGAGAUAAUUCAGAACAGAACCACGGCUACACACUGUGCAGUAACGUUACUGCUGCCCAGAUCACUGCGUAUGAAAGGAGAGCGGGAGGCAGGACACAAAUGCACCAGAGAGGUGGGGAAUGUGAACCCAGAUACAGAGAUCACCAUGCAGUUCGAAGCCACUGACCAAGACAUAGGAGCACCAGCUCCUGGCUGCCGUGUGUCCAUCCAGCUGCAAAUCAGAUACAAGAGGAGCAACGGUCAGAUGAUGCUCAGAGUGUUUACAGCAGAUCGGGAUGUAACUGAUGACAGCUCAGCGGCCCUGUCCUCCCUCUCCCUCGCCAUCAUCCAGCUCAACUCGCUGCAAGCCAGUGCUGCUCUGGCUGUCAGAGGCCGCUUCCUGGACGCCAGGAAGGAGAACGAGCUGCAGAAGCAACUCAUUGAAAGGGCGAUAAAGUUUAAUGAAAGCAAGGAGAAUCACAUUUUCAGUGAAUGGAUUACAGCUAUGGAGCCGUUAUAUAAAAACAUACAUAACUACACGAGGAACAAGUCCGUUACUUCUGACUCACAGACUCUAACAGACGCCGGCGCAGCACUGCUCUUCACCAUGAAGCACAGCAACAGGAAGUCCAUUUCACUGGCGAAAAUCCACCGGCCCUAAUCAACAGCUCUCCUCCUUAUGUCACCAGAAACGUCUCACUGUACAUAUGUGGCUCUUUGUCUAAAUGAAGUAUAAUAAUUGUAUAUAUUAUGUCAUAAAUAAACAUGAUUUAUUUCUGUUA